AUGCACGAGCCCGAGAUUGAGCACCCGGCUUGCUCUGGCAUCGCCGUCCUGUGCUUUCAUCCCAGCGACACACCAGCAUCUCUUGGCGGUCGGCCGUUCUCCCAUUUCAGCGGCCAUUUCAUUGCUCUGCCGAGCCGCACGGCCUUCAUUCUCCAAGGUCUGCCGUCGGCCGCACCGCCGGCGCUUCAUCCCUGCCUGUUUUCCAAGAGCAGCCAGCCGUCGCUCUUUUGGACGAUCUCGAUCUCGACCGAGCCGUCGGAGCCGCCGAGAGCCGUGCUCCCAAAUGUCAUCCAAGACAUUGCGAGGGGUGACUUUGUGCGUCUUACGACAGCAUACGAUGAGUGGAUCGAGGACGGACCAGGAAGCCAUGGAAGCUGCAGGCCCAACUGCCCGGACAACAGCCCAUGUGUCGACAAUCAAGGCCGCGACGAGCAACAUGCCGACAACGGUAGCCAGAUGAGCCUCGACUUUGAGUGCGACUCGAUCAAGGUCGACGAUGAUGCUCGCGGGGUCAUGGCUCGCUACUUCAAGAGCGAAAAGUUUCAUCCGGACUGUCUGGUGUGCAUCGGACAGAUGACCCUGGGCGGCUUGGCUCUCUCGUGA